CACCACCACCACCACCACCACCACCACCAUCAUCACCAUCUCCACCUUUACAUCCCACACUCACCACUACCAGCACCACUAGCUAAUCACCUAACCCCCUAACUUCUCAUCCCCUCCCUUCACCUCUCUCUACUGUUACCAUGGCAACAGCUGCCACUGCCUCUUCAUCAUCCUCAUCAUCACCUAGUGGCAGUGCCAGGGAACACCUGCUGGCGGUGCGUCGACGCACUCCACAUACCCGACCCUACACGAUCGGGCCUGACAGCGUCUGCAGCUUGUCAGUGCAGGAACCAAUCGGAGCCUCGGCCUCGGCCUCCUCUACAAUGUCAUCAGGGAAUCAGCCAGAAACAGGACUGGGGCUUCAGCGGGCCAAUAGUGACACAGACCUGGUGACUUCAGAAAGUCGGUCAUCGCUCACAGCUUCUACAUACCAGGUGACUCUGGGUCACAGCCACCUGGUGAUCUCCUGGGACAUAAAGGAGGAAGUGGAUGCAACUGACUGGAUCGGCUUAUACCACAUUGAUGAGAACUGUGUGGCCAAUGUGUGGGAAUCCAAGAACCGCGGUGUGAACGGCACCCAGAGAGGACAGAUUGUGUGGAGACUGGAGCCGGGACCCUAUUUUAUGGAGCCCGAGACAAAGAUCUGCUUUAAAUAUUAUCAUGGUAUAAGUGGAGCAUUAAGAGCAACAACACCUUGUAUCACCGUCAAGAAUCCUGCAGUACCAGUGAGGGGUGAAGGCCAGGUGGAGGAGCAGUCAGAGUAUGAGCACUGUCGGAAACUUGUCAGCUUCACCCUGUCAGACUUCCGAGCAGUGAACCUAAAGAAAGGGAUGUUCUUCAACCCGGACCCCUACCUGAAAAUGUCGAUCCAGCCCGGGAAGAGGAGCGGCCUCCCAAAGUUUACCCACCAUGGCCAGGAGAGACGCUCCUCCAUCAUAUCCAACACCAUCAACCCUUUGUGGCUUGGGGAGAAAUAUACAUUUGUGGCUUUGAUAACUGAUGUGCUGGAGAUUGAGGUGAAGGACAAGUUUGCCAAGAGCCGGCCAAUCAUCAAGCGCUUCCUGGGCCAGCUGAUCAUCCCCAUCCGGAGACUUCUGGAACGGCCAGCUGCUGAUGAUCAGACAGUCAGCUACAGCCUGUGUCGUCGUCUUCCUAUGGACCAUGUGAGCGGGCAGCUUAUGUUCAGAGUGGACAUCACUUCAGCUGGACAAGAAGAAGCUUCGCCAGACCCUCUGGGAACGAUCCUGGGUGGUGUGAUGAAUGGUGACCCUGGGAGUCCCUCUGACGACGAAGAUCUCCAUCAGCUCCCCUCGUCUUUAGGUGCUACAUGUGGACCUUCUCGCAUUGGUUCUGAUGAGGGCUCCUUAUAUGUUAAUGGUUCAUGUUACUAUGGCGAUGACAGUGUGUGGCAGGAGCCUGGGCAAGUGGGAGAGGUGAAUCUGCUUCCUGUGGCUCUUGGCAGCUUCACCCAAAGGCAGGUGUCACUUAAUGACUACCUAGAUUCUCUCGAAGGUCCCAGGAGCAUUGGGGACCGACCUGCAGCAGGGCCAUUACCAAAGCUCAGCUCCAGCUUUCCCACAGACACACGGCUCAGUGCCAUGCUACACAUUGACUCAGAUGAGGAUGAGGAAGGAGCUGGGCAGCACUGGGAUCAAUCGCUGGAAACAAAGACACAGCAGAAUACCAACUCAGCUACACCUGAGUCUCCACAGGGGAGCAGUGGUUCAAAAGGCGAGUCACAGGGCUCAUGUGAGGCAGGGCCUGGAGUUCAGGCCACGGGAGAGGCAGGUUCUUCUGCUGGUGCUCAGUCUGGAGCCAACACUGCAGGGCCUGAAGCUGGAGCAGGAGCACAAGAAGGUGCUGCUGCACUCCCAAUACAGACACGACAAUCAGCAGAUAGAAUUGAAGAAGCUGCCAGAACAAUGGCUGCACAGGUUGUUGGAGAAACUGCUACAGCUUCCAACUCAUCUCAGGUAUCAAGGGCUGAGGCAGCUGAAGUCAGAUCUGGAGAAUCUCCAGGGGAAUGUCCAAGUCAGGAGCACAGCAUCAGGACUGGGAAAAACCCAGAAGUACACUGCAAUCCCUCACUUGGUCCUCUUUCACCCAUUCAGGAAGUGAGAACAAGAAAAGCAGUUGUUCCAAAGGCAGAGGAGGAACCGGGGGAGCCAUCAAGCAGUGAGGCAAAUGGGCCAGCACCACCUUCGCUAUCCACCUGCAUGGCUGAGCAAGGAAGAAGCAUGACAUCUAAAGCUGGUGCCACAGAACAGGUCAAUGGCCACCAGUCUGUUCACUCCCUGCCAUCUGUUCGCCAUGACAUCAGUCGCUACCAGAGAGUAGAUGAACCACUGCCCCCUGAUUGGGAGGCUCGCAUAGACAGCCAUGGUCGCAUUUUCUAUGUGGACCACGUGAACAGAACAACAACAUGGCAACGUCCAACCGCACCCCCGGCCCCACAAACUCUUCAGAGGUCUAACUCCAUACAGCAGAUGGAACAGCUAAAUCGCAGGUAUCAAAGUAUACGUAGGACAAUGACCAACGACAGUAGACCAGAAGAGCAGCUACCCAAUGAGCUUUCAGCUGAUGAGACUGAUAUGCAACCCUCAUUCCCAGAGCUACGUAGGGACAGCAAUUUGCCACAGUCCAGUCCCAGGUCUCGCCUAACCCUGCUGCUUCAGUCCCCUAGCGCCAAGUUCCUCACCAGCCCUGAAUUCUUCACUGUGCUGCAUUCCAACCCUAGUGCCUACCACAUGUUCACCACCAACACAUGUCUGAAGCAUAUGAUCAGUAAGGUUCGUCGGGAUGCUCAUCACUUUGAGCGCUACCAGCACAACAGGGACCUGGUGGCCUUCCUCAACAUGUUUGCUAACAAACAGCUGGAGCUGCCCAGGGGUUGGGAGAUGAAGCACGACCAGACCGGCAAGCCUUUCUUUGUAGACCAUAACUGCCGUGCCACUACGUUCAUUGACCCCCGGCUGCCUCUCCAAAGCUCUCGGCCGCUGAGCCUCCUCGCUCACCGCCAACACCUGACUCGCCAGCGCAGCCACAGUGCUGGAGAGGUGACCACUCGGCGACUGCUGGGUGAGGACCCUCGUCAUGUUAGCCCACCUGUUCUUCCACGACCUUCCAGCACCUUCACAUCUGCCAACAGAGGGCCAUGCCAAGACUUAAUACCAGUGGCUUACAAUGAGAAGAUUGUGGCAUUUCUACGACAACCAAACAUCUUUGAGAUUUUGCAGGAGAGGCAGCCUGACUUUAACCGGAACCAUGCACUCAGGGAGAAAGUGCAGCUGAUCCGCACAGAUGGAGUGUCAGGAUUGGCCAGGCUGUCGGGAUCUGCCGACCUUGUCAUGUUGCUAAGUCUCUUUGAAGAAGAAGUGAUGUCCUAUGUGCCUCCUCAUGCCUUACUUCACCCCAGCUACUGCCAGUCACCUCGGGGGUCACCUGUCUCUUCCCCACAGAAUUCACCUGGUACUCAGAGAGCUAAUGCCAGAGCACCAGCACCCUACAAGAGAGACUUUGAGGCAAAACUGCGAAACUUCUACAGGAAACUGGAAACUAAGGGCUAUGGACAAGGACCAGGGAAGCUAAAACUGAUCAUCCGUCGCGACCAACUCCUGGAAGAUGCCUUCAACCAAAUCAUGUGUUACUCCCGGAAAGACCUACAGCGGAGCAAGCUCUAUGUUAGCUUUGUCGGAGAGGAGGGGUUGGACUACAGCGGGCCCUCGAGAGAAUUUUUCUUCUUGGUUUCCAGAGAACUGUUUAACCCUUAUUAUGGUCUGUUUGAGUACUCUGCCAAUGACACCUACACCGUUCAGAUCAGUCCCAUGUCUGCCUUCGUUGACAAUCACCAUGAGUGGUUCCGAUUCAGUGGUCGCAUUUUGGGAAUGGCUCUGAUCCAUCAGUACCUGCUGGAUGCCUUCUUCACCAGACCCUUUUAUAAAGGCCUACUUCGGAUUCCCUGUGACCUGAGUGAUCUGGAGUAUUUGGAUGAAGAGUUUCACCAGUCUCUUCAGUGGAUGAAGGACAACGACAUAGACGAUAUGCUGGACCUCUCCUUCACUGUCAAUGAAGAAGUUUUUGGACAGAUAACAGAAAGGGAGCUGAAGCCCGGUGGAGCCAACAUUCCUGUCUCAGAGAAGAACAAGAAGGAAUACAUUGAGCGCAUGGUAAAGUGGAGGAUAGAGAGAGGAGUGGUGCACCAGACUGAAAGCUUGGUCAGAGGCUUCUAUGAGGUGGUGGAUGCCAGGUUGGUGUCUGUGUUUGAUGCUAGGGAACUGGAGCUGGUAAUUGCAGGCACUGCGGAAAUUGACUUAACAGACUGGAGGAACAACACUGAGUACAGAGGAGGUUACCAUGAUAACCACAUUGUGAUCCGGUGGUUCUGGGCAGCGGUGGAGAGAUUCAAUAAUGAGCAGAGAUUGCGGCUCCUACAGUUUGUGACUGGGACAUCCAGCAUUCCAUAUGAGGGUUUUGCUUCUCUGCGAGGCAGCAAUGGACCCCGUAGGUUCUGUGUGGAGAAGUGGGGUAAAGUCACCUCCCUACCCAGAGCUCACACCUGCUUCAACCGGCUGGACCUACCACCGUACCCAUCUUUCUCAGUGCUGUAUGAGAAGCUGCUGACUGCUGUGGAAGAGACCAGCACCUUUGGACUGGAAUGAGAUUCUCGUCUCCCCCAUAUCCCAGUUUACCCUGCGUCUGCCCCUGGAAGACUGCUGCUGAUAGUGACGUUUAAAAGUCAGAUUUUGAAGUCCAACUCCUGAUUUAAAUUUAUAACAGGAUGUUUUGUUACAGGAUCUGACCCUUUGAAAUGUUUUGUGUACAAAGGUAAACCUUUUUUGUUGCACCUGCAUGUACUUCACACCUACUUAAUAACUUGCUUUCACCUAUGUGACAUGACAAAUGAAGACCUGCGCUCGCUUUAGGACUCUGACUGGAACUGCCAAGAUCUGACCAAUCAGAGGUCAAGGGCGCCUGAGUUUUUUUAAAUUUUUUUUUUGGGGGGG